AUACGGCCGUCAUCACCGUGUCUUCUUCUCCGUCUACCCGCAGCUUUCCUUCUCCCUUCUCGACCGGGGAAAGUUCGAAGUUUCGGGAGCUCGAUCCAUCGAUAGCCGUCGGAUCUCCGCCGCGAUCCGAAGAUGAACGACGCUGAUGUGGCCAAGCAGAUCCAGCAGAUGGUGCGGUUCAUCCGCCAGGAGGCGGAGGAGAAGGCCAACGAGAUCUCCGUCUCCGCCGAAGAGGAAUUUAACAUCGAGAAAUUGCAACUUUUUGAAGCUGAAAAGAAGAAGAUCAGACAAGAAUAUGAACGAAAGGAGAAACUGGUCGAAGUUCGGAGAAAAAUUGAGUAUUCUAUGCAGCUGAAUGCUUCUCGUAUCAAAGUUCUUCAGGCGCAGGAUGAUUUAGUCAACUCCAUGAAGGAGGCUGCGGGGAAGGAACUCCUGCAUAUCAGCCAUGAUCAAUAUGCAUAUGAAAAGCUUCUGAAAGAACUGAUUGUUCAGAGCUUGCUUAGAUUGAAGGAACCAGCCGUAUUGCUGCGCUGUCGUGAAGCUGACCUUUAUCUUGUGCAGUCAGUUUUGGAUUCAGCAAAGAAUGAAUAUGCAGAGAAAGCAAAUGUUGUUCCUCCUGAAAUUGUAGUAGACUACAAUGUCUACCUGCCCCCAGCUCCUACCCAUCAUCAUGCACAUGGCCUCUUUUGCUCUGGAGGUGUUGUCUUGGCUUCUAUAGAUGGGAAGAUCGUUAUUGAGAACACACUUGAUGCAAGGCUGGAUGUUGUCUUCCGGAAGAAACUUCCAGAGAUCCGGAGGCAUCUCUUUGGCCAGGUUAUUGCUUGAUCAACCGGUUUAAUUUGGUAAUGCUGCAAAUUUCAUUUGUUUGGAUAAUAAGUGAUGGCUCAUCCAUUAGCGAUCAGACCUGUUUGUCGAAGUACUUUUGCGCCCAGUUCACUUGGAAAAAAACUCCAUUCAAUAUCUUGUUAGCUUUAGUAUCUCUACUUCAUUUGAUUUAUCCAUUUUACCUGAAUUUUUGCAAAACUCUUCAUCAUUCUCAAAUUCGAUAUCACUAUUUUAGAAAGCUCUAGAAUAAACUGAUUUGGACUAAGAUCUUUAUCUUGAUGUAUGGAUUUGCUCAGCCAGUUUCACCCA